AUGGCUCUCUAUCAAGACGGCUCGUACCUUGAACCAGUGCCCCGAGAGCACCCUUUGUGGGACAACAACGAUGGAAACAGAUGCGCGAACACAACGAGGGCUAGGUUUAUAAACACGGCGCUCAGCCCAUCCGCUCUACGAGCUGUUUCCCUCGUCUCUUUCUGUCUUGUUUGGUCUCUCUCGGAUUAACGGCGCACAUUACUGUUAUCCAAGUACUCGCCAGUCUCAUUGAAACUGCUCAAAGGUCGAACAACAUGGUGAACACAUUUCGGUCCAUCGCUGGCUUGGCGGCUCUCUCAAGCUUUGCCAGCGCCAAGCUCUACGAACUCCCUCAAGCCACCACUUCAUUCAACUUUCCCCUCGACCAAUUCAGCCCUCAGCCGACCAAAGCCCCGGCGUACGCUGACUUGAGGAAAAGACAAUCAUCGACGACGACCACCGUACUCGUUGCGCCAGAUAACACUUGCGGUUACAUCUCUGGGCGUGCCGGUGCGGCGUACACCUGCGGAACCGCCGCCAGCUGCAUCUUCUUCACAUCGGUGAACAGGAACACCCCCGGCCGAGUUGCCUGUUGCGACGCCAGCGACUGUGGCGCCCGCCGGACAUGCUACGAUUCUAAACAGGUCUCCUCGUCGAGUCUCUGCGAUGGUGGCUGCCUUGUUGAUCGCUUCACCUUGAAGUGCACCAACACGGCCCGGCCAUACUGCAAUACCGUUUCUUUUGCGGAUGGCAUCUUUGACUAUUGGUGCAAUACGGCAGAGAUAUCAACCCCGCAAGCCGCGACGACCACCUAUGCGGGCGGACCGGCGCGCAACUGGACCCCAUUGGCACUGACAGACGACACCUCGUCCAGCAGCGUCAUCCGGCCAGCCAGCUCUGGAGUAAUCACAGGAACCGCUAGCGGCUCGGUGUCCGCGCCCUCCAUAACCACGUCUCCUGACAACGACAAUAAUGGCGGCAUCAACAAUAACAACAAUAACAACAAAUCUUCGACCCCCGUAGGUGCCAUCGUCGGAGGCGUCGUCGGCGGCAUCGCCGUAAUCGCCCUCAUCGCCUUUGGAAUCUUCUUCAUUCUCCGCAAAAAGAAGAAGACGCAGCAACCCGGACCCGGACCUCACGGCCAGCCUCCCAUGAUGAACCAGCAGCAGCAGCAGCAGCAGCAGCAGCAGCCACCCCCAAUGGGCUACGCACCAGCACCUCAGGGCUCGCCGGCACAGUACGCCGGCCAAACGCAGACGCAUUCCUACUACGAGCCAAAGUACGACGGCCAGGGCGGAUACCCGCAGCAGAACUACGGCGACACGCCCCCUCCUCCUGGUCAACAGGGAGGCGACUACCAGCAACCCUCCUACAACGGCAACAUGGCGGUCCCCGACCGCGCGGACACCACGAGCCCCAGUGCCAUGUCCCAGGCGACGCACAGCAACCGCCUCAGCACGCAACCCGUCAGCCCGAAUCACCCGCAAGGCGGGUUCCAGCGGUUUGGCGGUGGUGGGCAGCAGCCGCAGCCGACUAUUCACGAGGCACCUGCGAAUGGUGAUGGGCACAAGGGACAGAUGCACGAGCUUGCCUAG